GAUGGGAGAAGGCUGUGGGCGCAGGUGUUCCUGAGGUCCGCAGGGCCGGGACCUGUGAAGACUUCAGGCAGUUAUUUUGCCAGCCACUUCAUCAUGGGAGGAGAGAAGUUUGACUCAACACACCCCGAGGGUUACCUGUUUGGCGAGAACAGUGAUCUGAACUUCCUGGGGAACAGACCAGUCGCGUUUCCUUAUGCCGCCCCGCCUCCCCAAGAGCCUGUGAAGACACUGAGAAGCCUGAUCAACAUCCGCAAGGACACGCUGAGACUCGUCAAAUGUGCUGAGGAAGUGAAGAGCGCUGGAGAAGAGGCCGGCCGAGCUAAAGUUCACUACAACGUUGAGUUCACCUUUGACACAGAUGCCCGGGUAGCCAUCACCAUCUACUAUCAGGCCACUGAGGAGUUCCAGAAUGGAAUUGCCAGCUAUAUUCCGAAAGACGACAGCCUGCAGUCGGAGACCGUGCACUACAAGCGGGGGGUGUGCCAGCAGUUUUGCCUGCCCUCCCACACGGUGGACCCCUCGGAGUGGACUGAAGAAGAGCUUGGCUUUGACCUGGACCGAGAGGUUUACCCUCUGGUGGUGCACGCUGUGGUCGAUGAAGGAGAUGAAUAUUUUGGCCACUGCCAUGUGCUGCUGGGUACUUUUGAAAAGCACACAGAUGGGACUUUCUGUGUCAAGCCCCUCAAACAGAAACAAGUAGUAGAUGGGGUUAGCUACCUCCUCCAGGAGAUCUACGGAAUUGAAAACAAGUACAACACUCAAGAUUCUAAGGUGGCCGAGGACGAAGUAAGUGAUAACAGCGCAGAGUGCGUGGUGUGUCUCUCGGAUGUCCGGGACACCUUGAUCCUGCCCUGCCGCCACCUCUGCCUCUGUAACACGUGUGCAGACACCCUGCGCUACCAGGCCAACAACUGCCCCAUCUGCCGGCUGCCCUUCCGGGCACUGCUUCAGAUCCGAGCCAUGAGGAAAAAAUUGGGCCCCUUGUCCCCAUCCAGCUUUAACCCCAUCAUUUCGUCCCAGACAUCUGACUCUGAAGAGCAUUCAUCCUCAGAGAAUAUUCCACCAGGUUACGAAGUGGUGUCUCUUCUGGAGGCCCUCAAUGGACCCCUCACCUCGUCACCAGCAGUCCCUCCACUUCACGUGCUUGGAGAUGGUCACCUCUCAGGAAUGCUGCCUUCUUACGGCAGCGACGGCCACCUGCCCCCCGUCAGGACACUCUCCCCGCUUGACCACCUGUCUGACUGCAGCAGCCAAGGACUCAAGCUCAAAAAGAGUCUCUCCAAGUCCGUUUCACAGAAUUCUUCCGUGCUACAUGAAGAGGAAGAAGAGCGAUCCUGCAGCGAGUCAGAGACUCAGCCCUCUCAGAGACCGGCUGCUCAGCACUCCGGAGAGGAAUGUGGCGUAACUCCAGAAAGUGAGAAUCUCACCCUGUCCUCAUCAGGGGCUGUUGAUCAGUCAUCCUGCACAGGGACCCCGCUGUCCUCCACCAUUUCCUCCCCGGAAGACCCUGCCAGCAGCAGCCUGGCCCAGUCCGUCAUGUCCAUGGCCUCCUCCCAGAUCAGCACUGACACAGUCUCCUCCAUGUCUGGCUCCUACAUUGCCCCUGGCACUGAAGAGGAGGGAGAAGGCCUCCCUUCCCCACGGGCAGCAAGCAGAGCCCCCUCAGAAGGGGAGGGGAUGCCAGCUGAGUCUCCAGAUAGCAACUUUGCCGGCCUCCCUGCCGGAGAGCAGGAUGCAGAGGGAAAUGACAUCAUAGAAGAAGAAGACGGCUCUCCCAUGCAAGAAGAUGGCCAGAGGACAUGCACAUUUCUAGGUAUGGAGUGUGACAAUAACAAUGACUUUGACAUCGCAAGCGUGAAAGCACUGGACAAUAAGCUGUGCUCUGAGGUCUGCUUACCCGGUACCUGGCAGGCUGAUGACAACAUUGUCAGUCGGCGGACUCAGCGCCGGCGCUUAUCAUCCAGCAGCCUAGAGGACCCUGAGGACAGGUCCUGCGUGUGGGGUCCUCUGGCCGUCUGAGAGCACCUGCCCUUCUCCCCAGGCACCCUCCUGUCCUUGCACUCCGUCUGUCCUCCCUGGACCACUGGCCUCCCAACAUCCACAGCAAGAUGCGUGUAGACUGCAUACACACGUGAAAGUUGGAUAUGGAGUUCAGCCUGCUCUGUCUCCCAGCCUCAUCUCCUGUAACUUUGAUCCCUCCCCUCUCAAGGGACCAGAGCCCACUUUUCUCCUUGUGGGUUGAUGCCAUUCCACGAACUGCAGCUUGUGAGACCCUCUGCAGAGACUCUGGACUGUGUCUGCUGCCCCUGUGGGCAGGUGGAGCUAAGGGUCAGGGGCUGUUUGUUUCUUCCACAUUUUUUCUCCCUAGGGGGCAGACCAAGCAGACUCCAGUUUUGGCAGCUUUGUUACAAACACCCAUCUGACAGUUUCUGGUCUCUGGCUCCUCUUAACCAUUUGAGACUGCCAAUUUGGGUUGGUCAGGGGAUGGCUCAGAUGAGAAGAGGGGACAGUCUUGUGCAGAGUAUGGAGUUUACCUCCCAAAGCAUUGAGAACUCUGCUGUCAAGGACAAGGGAGAUGGUGACGACCAAAAGGUUGGUUGAAGAGUGGGUUCCUUCUGGAGCAGACCUGGUCUCCUGUGUCUCAUGUGUCUGCUUUAGAAAGAGCCCUGAAUACGAGACUCUAGUUAGGAUGACUCCCUUCUGGAGGCCCUUUCAUGAUCAGGUACCAUUGUGAAGGCCUGGGACUCCAUCCAGAGGUAACUCUGCAAGGGCAUUUCUGGACCACCUCCAUGUACUCAGUGCUAGGGCUACUGUAUAUUUCUUCUUCAUUACAGCCCUGUGGGGGAGUCUGACUCCUAUGUCCCCAUCUCCAUCCCUUCUUUAAAAGUGGAAGAAAUAGGCCAAGAGAAGGGUGAACCAGCAGUUCUUAAACCAGUGCCCAGAACCACAGAGGGACGUGUGGGGAACCCUGAGCUCAGUCAGUCUAGGCAGUAGCCCAGGGCUGGAAGUGGUGGCCUAGAAGCCAUAGGACCUUCGCCUUGAGGAUUCUUCCUCCUCUUUUUUCCUCUCCUGCAUUCAAGAUCUGCUGACAGUGAGAGAUAGAGAGGGAGGUGGAGUUCCAAUCUGCAUACAAAUGAAGUACGGCAGCAAGGCUGGCUAGGAAGUUGAUGGGUAUCUCACCUCUCCUCAGUGGGUUCCAUGUGGCUCUUGCAUAGAUGUUUUUUCCGGUGGCUUUUGGAAAAGUGGUUUAGCAGGAUAUGAGAUUACCUGGGAAGCAGAAACAAUUACUUGUGAGGGUAAUGUGUGGGAUAGCCUUAGGCCGUGCCCACUAUAUUAGGAUUUGCAGCUCUGUACUAGGUAUGGUAGUUCAUGCCUGUAAUCCCAGCUGUUUGGGAGGCUGAGACUAGAAGACUGCAUCUUCCAGGCCAGCCU